CGCGUAUAUCGAGUCAUGGACUCAAGCAGCCAAAAAUAUGUCGCCUUGAAGAAGUCUCGUGCCUCUUUACGUGUACGGAGGACCUUACUGCAACACGAAAGCCGAGUGCUGCAACUGCUUCAAGGGCAUCCCGCGAUUCCGAUGCUGUACGGCUACGGACGUGAGCCGCACUUCGAGUACAUCGGCAUGGAACUUCUCGGACCCAGCAUCCGGGAGCUGCAGAAAGCACCGCACGGAACUCCAGCGAAAACCUAUUCUCGAGUUAUGGACCAGAUGCUAUCAGCGCUUGAACACCUGCAUUCGUUUGGCAUCGUGCAUCGUGAUGUUAAACCUGCGAACAUUCUUACCUGCUUGGACGAUCCAUCACGCCUGAAACUAAUCGACUUCGGCAUUGCCAAACCCUUCCAACGGAGUGGUCCACCCAGCCAAUAUGACCCUAUCAAAGAAGAUAGACUGCUCGUCGGUACGUUCCAUUGGGCCAGCCUGAACUCUCACAGGGGAUUCGACCUCUCUCGUCGAGAUGAUCUUGAAUCUCUGGCCUACGUUGGCCUUUUCCUUCUUCGCGGUGAUCUGCCCUGGCGAGCCGACCACACCGAAUCUCAGGCGUACUUGUACGAGAGCGACAAGCACGCAAUGAUGCGCAUACAAGCUGCCAAGGAGGUGUGCAAAGGCUCGGUGCUCGUAGACGCUGGCUUUCCCGAAAUCGGCGGCUUCUUGGACUACAGUCGAUCCCUUGGCUUUUGUGAAGCCCCCGACUACCGCACCUGGAGGCAACGAUUUGCAAGCCUUGCCCGGAGGUCUGGUUACCGGUUGUCCAGCGAACCCCUCGACUGGACGCCAUGUGAUGUAGAGCGGGUCAAGAGAAUUAUGCCUACGGACCACACACCCCCUCGAGCGGAUGAUGAAACAGGUCCAUCGGGUCCUAAGGAUCCGGCAUACACUAACAGCUACUACGCGAUCGAUCCUUGGGGUGGUAUCCAAUACUGGGAUGACAGACAGUAUGAACGGGAUAGUGACCUCACUCUGCCCGCAGGGUAUGAUGCAAAGCGACUGGAUGCAUGCCUUCCCAGCAUAGUAGUUCACCCUGUACCACUGACCAACACUGCGGCUAGUGCAUUCAAUCAGACAUCGUGA